AAGCGUGGGUUCAUUAACACCUCGCGCCACUGCUCACUUAUAGCUGAAGUAAAUCCCUAAACACUCUCUCGGCUGCGCAUCAAUGGCGAACGCGGAGGUAGAGGCAGUUGAUUUCGAGCCUGAGGACGAUGAUCUCAUGGAUGACGACGUUGGAGACGGCUCCCCCAACAGAACCUCCGCCUCCAUUCCUCGCCUCAAAUCAGCCAUUGCCGGUGGCGGUUCCUACUCGGAGCCAAGGAAGACCAAAGGUCGUGGAUUCCGCGACGAGGCGGCUGCUAAGGCUGACCGUAAUGCUCGCAUGUCUGCCCGCUUUGACUCCCUCGUUACGGAGGGUGGUCCUGGCCCCGUACGAUCUAUUGAAGGAUGGAUUAUUCUGGUUGCUGGAGUUCAUGAAGAGGCACAAGAGGAUGAUUUACAUAAUGCAUUUGGUGAGUUUGGGGAGAUAAAGAAUUUGCACUUGAAUCUUGACCGACGCACUGGAUUUGUUAAGGGCUAUGCGCUAAUUGAGUUUGAGAAGUUUGAUGAGGCCCAGAGAGCUAUAAAUGAAAUGGAUGGAACUGAACUGCUCACUCAGACCCUAAAUGUUGAUUGGGCAUUCAGCAAAGGCCCAUUCAGGAGGAGAAGUAUGAGGAAAAGAUCACCUCGUGGUCAUCGUUCUAGGAGUCCAAGGAGGAGAUUUUGAUUUAUGCAGCAAUUGGAAGACUCUUUGUGGCUUUCAUUUAGGGUUAAGAGACCAAUGUCAGGGAUUGACGCUAACUGUAAACUCUAUCUGGUUUUUAUCUUUGGGAGAGAUUUUCGUUUUUUUCUUCAUUUACUUCCGUCCCCAUUUUUGGGUACAGAGCUAUCUUCUUGGGGUGCUUGUCAUUUGUACACUCUGCUUAUCUAUUUUUUAGUGUUUUAGUGAACUCUCGGCAUUGCCUUUUGCAUGUUGUGCAUCUUUUUUUGUGGGAAGAUCAAAAGAGGGAUACCCUUAAAUGAAGGUCAAGAGAGGAUGGUGUUGCAUUAUCUAUCCUCCCCAGCAACUCCAUUUUAUAUGAUUUCUCUCCAUUUCAGAA